AAGAACAACAAUUUUCAUAUUUCAAUUUGGAGUGUAUAAUUUGCGUUUAAUAAACCAUAACCAAAAAUACAUGAUUUAUAUAUUAAAAAAUUCAGUAAACUGUAAACGAGUUCUCCUGUUUUCUGGUUUUGGUUCUAGUUCUGGUUGUUAUUUAUAUUAUAUGGAGAAAGUUGACAAUUUAUUAGUUACCUAGACGCUAAAGUCUAAACUAUAGUUACUUCUAGUUCUGAAGAUUCUGAAUGAUCUGUGUUUUACUUUUACCCAAACUGGGCAGAACUUUAAUAUUACUAUAAACGAAAAGUAAGUAUUCCUCACAAGUCAGGAAAAUGGUUGACCGUUGUCUAGGAAGAGGAAGAGAAAAUGUGAAGAAAGAAAUGGAAAUAUUUCAAUCCAGACUUCUUAGUGCCUUGAAAAGCUAUCAAAAAGAGCAGAGUAGAUUCAAAGAUUGUUACAUUGAAUGGCUUCCAAAGAGAAAUUUCACACUGGAGAAAUUAGAAACCAUUUCCAAAAAUAUAGAUAAAUGUCAUGAGAAAACUAAUCUUGCUAGUGCAGUUGGUACAGCAGCAUCCAUUAUUGGUGGUGUUGGGACAAUUGCUGGCUUGGCCCUUUCACCAGCUACUCUUGGAGUAUCUAUGGGAUUUUCCAUGCUUUCUUUUGGUGGAGGAUUGACUCGAGUAGGAUCGUUUGUUAAAGAAAAAGUCACAUCAAAUAAUUUUAUCAAAGAUGCUCAGAUUGUUUGUUUAGAAGAUAUAAGCAAAACCAGAGAAAUAUUGCAAAUAGGGGAAAAUAUGUUAAAAAGAGAUGAGGAUCUAGAUAAAUUGUUGGAAGAAGUAAAGAAUUGGGCUUGCGAUCUUACAAGAAUGUUAGUAGAUGUUAAAUCAUCUCAAGCAGCAAACUUAGCAAAGAAUAUUUUAGCUCUAACAGCAGAGUUUCAGUUCUUGCUCAUACAGGGAGGAGACUGUAUAAUUGAUGCUCUGAAUAUUGUAAAUAAAAUGUUUUCCAUUAUUGGUGGGAAGCAAAAUGGGAAUUUAAAUUAUGUGAUUAAAUGUAUGAGGAGAAGAAAAGGAUCUAUGGGGAGUAUUAAGCAAAACCAUGUUCUGAGUGACGACUUCGCAUUUCUAAAUCCCACCUUAGGAUUUCAGAGGAUGAUGAUUGAAGGCAAAAAUAUGACUUCUGUAAUAGAUAAAAUAAGAAACACUACUACAUUGAGCAGGCAGUUACCACAAUCACUUAAGGAUUUUUAUAGCACAGUGAAGUUGUGGGUGUUCCCUUCAACAUCUGCUAAUUGCACUAGUUCAGUUUUGAAAGAGAUUGCUCAUGGAGGUGGUCUUGUAUCUUCUGCUUUUGUGGUCUUAGAUACCUAUUGCUUAGUUAAAAUCUUUCAAAAUAUUGAGGGAGGGUCCAAAACUGAACAAGGAGAAAAACUGUGGGAGCUACAUGACAAACUACUUAGAGAGAAAAAAAUUAUAGAAGAGGUAUAUACAUCUUUGACAAGUUAGGGGAUGCCCCCUCAGUAGCUCAGUGGUAGGACUGAGGGCUAUAAUACUAAAAAGGGGGGUUAUACACUUGGUGACCACAGCACAGAUAGCCCAUUGCAUAGCUUUGCACUUAGCAAAAAUUAUGGGAUAUGUGAAAAUGAACAAUGUGAAAUUCUGUCACACAAAACUAUAAUAAUAAACCUGAAUUUAAAAGCAUGAAAGCUAUAACUGGCUAAUUAACAUGAUAUAAUUGAUUAAUUAUGAGUUUCAGUUACAUCAAUUAUUGUUACAUAAAAUAAUUGAUUAAUCAAGAUUACAAGUAAAUCGAUUAAUGUCAAAAAAAUAAUCAACUAAUUGAAAUGUUUUUUUCAGUUAUUAUUCUUUUCAAUUAAUUCAGCUGUCCAAGUAAUAAGAAUAUUGCCAUUAUGAUUUCUUCAUAUUAUUUUUCAAUUAUUUCAAGUUUGUUCUGCUUAGUCAUUAGUAUUAUCAUUCAAAAAAGUAGUCACCUAAUUGAAACAGUGCUAUCCAAUUGUUUACAUACUACUGAUAAUUCGGUUUAGCCCAUAUUAGUAUGUUUGGCAACGUUUUUCUUAUUUUAUACCAUUGGUAAAUAAUAAGCUUUCUCGUUCAAUAGCCGAGCUUACAUAGUCUUAUCGUCCCCAUGUUUUGACCAGGGAGUGAGUGUGUUUUUUUUAUUCAUUUCAAAAUUAUUGCAAAUAGCUAAAUACUUUCUUUGCGAGUGCUAGUAAAUCUCGAUCUUCUCUGUCUGUCUGUUGAAGAAUUCCAACUGAACUGAACGACUGAAGGCCUGGCAUAGGCACGACUCGCAAUCUUAAGGUCGCGGGCUCGAAUCCCCGUCCCACCCAGUCGUGGGAGCAUUAUAAUGUGAUGGGUGACGGUCAAUCCCACUAUUCGUUGGUAAUAGAGUAACCCAAGAGUUCACUGCUAAAUUAGGGACGGCUAGCGCAGAUAGCCCUCGAGUAGCUUUGCAUAAAAUUCAAAACAAAGAAACAAGGUCUCAGAACAAAAAGUUCUACUGGCCAGGUGUCCCAACGACCAAGUAAAGAUCUGUUGUUUACAUUUGUAUUUCAAAGUGAAUUGGAAAUUUUCAACAGAAAAACAGAUCAUUUUAUAAAAACAUAUAAGUUAUAAUAAUAUUAUUAUAGAAAUAAUCAACAUAAAGUGGCAGGUAAUGCUAUUUAUUUCACUCAGUCAAUUCUACAAUUUUAUUUAUAUAAUAGAAAAAUCAGUUUUUCGAAAGUUUAUUUGCGUGAUUGAAUUUCUUUUACAAUGAUAUGUUCAUUUGGAAACUCGUUUGACAAAGCAUAAUAUCAGUGUUACAUAGAUUACUAUAUUCAAUGGAGCAAAAUAUCCAUAUCGAGAUUAAUAACAUGUGGAUGAAAUCAGGUGUGAUAGGACUUAUUAGACGAAAACAUGGUAGAAGUUGUACUGUUUCCAUUUGGACACGCCAUAUUGUUUUUAGUUUAUAUGAUUAUGGCGGAAACAACUAGAGAUUAAAACGUUUCACGUACAAAUGGACAUGAAAAAAUCCUUCUCAAAUCUUCAUAGAUUGUAAGUUUAAUUAGGGUAUGGAUGAUCAUAUGAGUAUGAUGCAUAGGAUAAACAUGUGGAGUUUGAAUGUUUUAUGUAUAAAUUUAUAUGGAAAACAGUCGUUUUGAGGACUACGUAGAUUGUAAAUUAAACUAAUAUGUAUAAUCAUAUGAGUACAUCAUAAAGUAUGCUAAACGAAUAGUAAAACUGUAACAAACUCAUUGAAACAAAAUAAUAAUUUUACUCAUUCAAACAGUUUGUUAUUGAUAGACAUUGACGAAUUGAAUAUGCACAACCAUACUGCCUAUUUUCUUUUGGACACAGCUUUAAUUAAAUGUUUUAUACAAUAUAUAUAAAUCUAGAGAUUGAAUGUUUUAAGUUGCAUGAAAAAUAGACUUUUGAAUAGAUUGUAAGUUAAACUAGUAUAGGGAUGAUCAUGUGAGUAAAUCACUAUACAAAUAGCCAUACUGUAAUAUAUGAAUAAAAAAUAAUAAUUUGAAAUAUUCAAGCGUUAUGUUUAUUAUUGAAUAAAUUAUAAAGUACAAAGAUGACCAAGCGGUAAUGCAGGAUUAAUAUUUUAAAUUCGAUGACGAGGAACCCACUUUGAGACUAAUAAUGGC